GGAGGUGAGUUGUACUUCAGCGACGGAGUCCGAUCUCAGGUGUGUGGGGCUCAGGUGCGUGUGGGUGUGUGUGUGCCGAAGAUUAAAGUGUAUGGAGUGUGUAACUGCUGCUGGUGGCUUGUGAAUGUGUUAAUUCAUGCCCUAAUUUUGGUGGAAUUUGUCGAGGGUAUAAUUUUUUUUAGGCAUGAGGAAACGGAAUCAUCAAAGCAUAUUAGGAUGAUCGUUAACACCUUCCGGCUUGACUUACUGUAUACAGUACUAAACAAUGAACUAUGAUGAACGGUUAAGUUCCUAAGUGCUGCCGUGACGUAAAGAGUCAACAAUCAAUGACAAGUGACGUCAUGCACCUGUAACCAAUGACAAUUGCCAUUACGGAAACAGGAUUCUGACGCCAUUUGUUAAUCAGUGACGCUCGGCUGUCAAAAAAUGAUGCUGUGAUAUCAUCUGUCAGUAACUAUUGAUCUUCAGUGUCAAGAGGAAAAAAACAAUGACUUCUUCUGCUAAUGACCAAUAAGCAGCAACGGUAUUAAAGUAGAACUUUGACGUUAUCUGUGGAGAACUAAUGACAGUAGAGAGAAAAGAAGACAACAUAAGCGUCAUCUGGUAGGAGGAACUCACCCCAGUCUACCUUUACCUACAAGGACGAUGACAUUGUCAGUCAAAAGGUUGUGGUGGGGUCGACCACGCUCCAGGGGUCAUGUACGAUCGACCUGUCUCAUUGGCUGCUGCCUCCUGACCUUCCUUCUCCUCCUUAACAGUGUCUUAGUUGUUGACAGAGCGCUGACGCCCGAUGGACCAACCAACAACUCAGAUGGUCAGGCCUCCUCGCUACCAGCACCAGACAACCAUUCAUCACGACCACUACUACUGGCACCUCUACCAUCCUUUUUCGAUGCACAAAACAGUACAAACAAUUCGAAAAAAGCAAAGUUCAAUAGCCUCAACUCCCUAGAGAAAAAAGACGUGAUCAUGAUUGAUUUCAAGGGGAAGAAGUUUGCUCCAUUGACAACUAUGGUUGGUAAGAAUGAACCGGCCUUUGGAUUCGUCAACAAGAAUUUCACACCAAAGAAGAGCAUCUCAGACGUAGUUCAAGGGUUCGUGAAAGGUGAGAAAACGGUGAACCCCGGCAUGUUGCUGGGCGCUGUGGCUGCUUUUAAGUCCCGGCAUUCAUCUGGCAACACUGAGGGUAAUGGUGGUGGGUCUCCUCAAACACGAAAAGACGGUAAUCAAGGACUCCCAGAUUCACAAGUUUUUCUAAAGCCAGAAUAUGCAGUUGGUAACGAAACAGAAACAGGUCCCGACAAUGUCACUGGCAACAACACCUCUUUACAACAACAAGCAGAGGCUGAUGAAUUACGAGAAAGAAAAGAUAAUCCUGUAAACAAGAAGACCCCGUCAAGGCCACCCAAGAAGCGUCCACUAGAACGAGGAGGUUUUGACCCAGGUAAUGUCAGAGGCGCGGUAGAGGCUGUAGCAUCAAUCUUGGGCCAAGAUUCAGCAGGAAAGCUGUCGGGUCAGAGUGUGGUCAGUUCUCUCAUGUCCAAUAUAGCUUCUCCUCUGAUAGCCGGAGCUUUAUCAAACAACAAUAACAAGGUGGAUCGUUAUACCGAGGCUUCGAAGUCUAGCCCCCUCCAGUCCCUCUUCAGUGAGUUUGGCCCGGCGCUUCUAUCUGGAAUAGUUCAACAGGGACUCGGCGGAGGAAAUUCUAACCCAAGACACUUGACUGAUCAUGAAAAAUCUAGUCCUCUUCAGUCAUUUAUCUCUCAGAUGGGGCCUUCCCUCCUGGCAGGAGCAGUGCAACAAGGUCUCAGUGUUAUGAAAGGUGACCAGAGUGGUGCAGGUGAGGGAGCAGUGAAGUCCAGCCCUGUAAAGUCUGUUUUAAGGGGAUUGGGAUCAGCUCUAAUUGCAGGUGUGGCACAAGAUGGUAUAGGCGUUAAGGAUUCACAUAACUCUAAUCCUGUACAGUCAAUCCUAAGUGGACUGGUUCCAGCCCUGGUAGCUGGAGCACUUUCACAUGGAUUAGGCAACGACAAGACGAGCUCCAAUGGUUCUCCAGCGGCUACUAAAUCUAGCCCCAUGAAAUUUCUAGUUAAUGGGCUUGGACCGGCGAUUCUCUCAGGGCUGAUGAAGCAGGGGUUGGGGGGAGCAACUCACAGCCACAGCUCAGGUUCAGUUAGAGGAAAGACCCGCCAGGUCGACGUAGUGCCCGUGGCCGCGGCAGAGAAGAAAGCACAUAGUAGCAGGACGCUCCAGGUGGUGAAGAAUGAGGGCGAGGUACAGGCAGAUGUUGACCCCCCGAGUAACAACACCCGACAAGACACCACAGAGAGCGACAACAACAACGACAUCAACAAGCAGGUUGACGAGAAUCAAGGAGGGUUGGUACGUCUCGUGGCCCGGGCAGUGGUAGGGAACCUAAUGCCGGAGGAGCUGACAGUCCCUGCACCCAACUCUACCCACGGGGCCUGGGACAUGAUGGUUAACCUGGCCUUCGGUAAUCCCAAGGACGGGAAGGGGAGGAAAAGCCAGUUUUGGGAGUGGCUGAGAGACUACGGAGGAGAGGCAGGCGGUACUAACCUAACACACAGAUGGAUCACGGAGGCCCUGAACCACAGCCCACAGAGAGUCUCCCAUCUCAGCGAGUUGACCAGACUGUACAAACUUUUAGAGGGUCAACAGUCAAUUUGUACCAACGUGAAAUCCAUCGGUGGUGUGUUUAACUGGAAGACUAAUGUGCUGGACGAUUCGCGGGUCCUAUGUAUGGACACAGACGUGGCUCUCAAGAGGGAUGAAUGUGUUGUGUACUCCUUUGGUGUUGGAGGAAAGUGGAGCUUCGAGGAGGACAUGGAGAGAAUGGGGUGUGAGGUGUGGGCGUUUGACCCGUCACCUGACACAGGUAACCACAACCACACCUCACGCAUCCAUUUCUAUAAUGUGGGUCUGGCCGCCAACAAUAUCACUAGGCUUGUGGACGGACAGGUGUGGAAUCUCUUCACCUUUGCAGCUGUGGUUGGCAAGAUGAACCAUCAGACAUCGACCAUCGACUAUCUCAAGCUUGAUAUUAAUGGUGAUGAGUGGGAGGUACUACAGGAAGUAAUGCUUAACAGCCGUCAUGCCUUGACCAACGUGAAGCAACUGGGGCUUGAGAUUCACCUUGACCGAGCACUCAGGGACCCCCAGCUCUACAAGGUCUACCUCGACACCCUCCUGGGACUUGAGAGCUUCGGGUUUCAGUUAUUCUCCUCCAGCGAGAGCGAGAAGCUGGAGAGAUGUUAUGAUGACCCACUCCUCAAGAGACGAGUCAGUCUCACCCAUGACCUUUCCUACAUCAGGAUAUAGAGAGGAGAAAGUGCGGUAUAUGGCUGUUGAGUGUGGUGUGGUGAAGGGUGGUGUGUGGUGUGGUGCUGUAUGGUGAAGUGUAUGGUGGUGUUGUAUGACAAGU